AUGCCAAAUAACACCUCUAUACAAAUCCACAUAGACAUGAGCACCCUUAAUGUUCUUCCUGUCGAUCCAACUCCAUGUCCCUAUUACGAUGAGCAACAAUUUGUCACAAAAGCUGAUGCCGCCUACCAGGCAACCCUCCUCGCUCUAGAUAAAGGAGAAAGAAUAAAAAGCUUG